GCGGGAGGAGGCUAGCAGGGGGCAGGUAAAUGUUGAAGACACUGUCGAAAUGUUACCCAAGUCCCGGCGAGCACUCACCAUCCAAGAGAUCACGGCCCUGGCACGGUCCUCCCUGCACGGCAUCUCGCAGGUGGUGAAGGACCAUGUGACCAAGCCCACCGCCAUGGCCCAAGGCAGGGUGGCCCAUCUCAUUGAGUGGAAGGGAUGGUGCAAGCCCAUGGACUCCCCGGUAGCCCUGGAAAGCACAUUCAACUCCUACUCGGACCUCAGCGAGGGGGAGCAAGAGGCCAGGUUUGCUGCAGGUGUAGCCGAACAGUUUGCGAUUGCAGAAGCCAAGCUGAGGGCCUGGUCUUCCGUGGACGGGGAGGAGUCCAACGAUGAGUCCUAUGAUGAGGAUUUUAGCACUCCCACUGACAGCACUCAGCCAGCCGACGCCGUGAACCCGCUGCCGGCCAGCACGCUGCUGAAGGGGCUCCUGCACAGCCGGCUGGGCCAGCUGAACGGCCGGCAAGGCUCCUGCGACCCCGAGAGCGACUCCUCCCAGACCACCGUCUCGCCGGAGACCUUGUGCUCCAGCCUCUGCAGCCUGGAGGACAGCCUUCUUCUCAAGGAGCUGGGCUCGCCCUCGGAACUGGCCGCCCAGCUGCUGGGCUCCGUGUCCGGCGGGGAGGAGGCGCCCCUCCCCAAGGGGCCCACACAGACAGCCGGGGAAUGUGCCUUCCGGAGCCUGGCGCAGCUCGAGUGCCAGGACUCUAUGUACUCCAUGUCAUUCACCGAGUCCUGCCUCUCGCCCACGGAGGACGAGGCCAUCCCGUGCAAGGACUGCAAGGUCCACGGGGACAGUUGCCAGGUCCGGAGGAAAGUGUCCGACGUGGCCUCCUCGGGCGUGGUGUCGCUCGACGACAACGAAGAGGAGGAGGAGGAGGAGGAGGCGGGCGGACAGCAGGAGGAGGACUCCGGGGGCCCGUGA